GCAGCUGCUCUGCGAUCACCAUGACGCUGCCGGCGCCUCGUGCUGCCACGUCAGACAGAUGGUCCGGCCCAAAAUAGCCCCUCAAACCAGAUUUGGGCGAAUGGACGCCGAGUCCGACGCGCCGUCGGCGCACGAGGGCCUGCCGCACGUGGCCACGAGCGUGAUCCAAACCCACAAGUUCAAGACCAAAGUUCAGAGCCGCCUUCGUCGCAAGAUGGGCUGGACGCGCAAGCAAGCCAUGCUCGAGCAGCUCUCGCGGCAAUGUCAGGACCAUCUGGAGCGCCACGGCACGCUGCCAGUCAUUCCCGUCGACAUCAAAGUCGACUCGCUGCGGCGCGCGAUACGGCGGCGCCUCACGUUUGCCUCCGAGUGGACCGAGUACUUCUACACCAAGUUUUUCUUCCAGUCGCCACUCGCCGUGCGCUUGACGGCUGAUGUCUUUUGGCACUACAGCAUCGCGUUCUUUGCCAUGGGCGAGCAUGACGGCCAUAGCUUUCUCGAUCUUUUGCACGCCCACGCCCAAGGGUCUGUCGCAGUGCUCUACGGCAAGCUGCUCACCAAAGUCCACAAUGUGACGUUGCCCACCGGCGCCGCCGACGAGUUCCUCGACUUCUUCCCUUACCUCGUCUCCCGCACCGUGUACAAGGUGGCGCAAAAAUCGUACCCUGAAUUCGUGUUUCAGCUGCGCCGCCUCGCGCGGCAGUCGCUGAUCCACACGGCGUGCGUCUGGACGACUGGUAUUACCGCGAAAAGCGCGUGCUGGAAAUCCUGGCGCGUUGAAAUUAAAAAGAAGAAGCUCAAGCACGCGCCAAAGCCCAAUCUCAUGGUGCGGGAGCUCGCAGACGACGAGCGCGGCCUCACCGAAGACCUUGGGAGCGACGACAGCAACGAAGAAGACUCGCUCUCGGACGAAGAUGCGGCGUUCUCGAGUGUGGCAUUUGCCGAAUUCAAGAUCGAAACCGCGGCAAGCGACACGGCCUCGAGCGCGGCCGAGGCGCUGCGAAUGAUGGACGUUCCCCAGCGCAAGUACGCCCACGGUCACUUGGAGAAAGCGGACCUCGCGUUUAGCGCCCCCGUCCGCGCUAUUAUGGACAAGUACCAGUACUCGGGGCUGCAAGGACGCCGCCUCGGUGUCGCCCUGCGCCUCUCAGACAAGGAGCACCAAACGUACAACGUGCACAAAGAACAGCACAAGGCGUGGCUGGACCACCUCAACCGACCACUGCGACAAACCCAGAGCUUGAGCAGCUUGACGCUCGAGGCGGACGACGAGGGCAAGCAAGUGUUUGUGCCGAAAUGUGAGUUUGAGCUCGCGAACCCGGUGGCGGAAGCCCGCGCCAAGCGGCUGCUCGAAGCCAAGCAAAAACUACUCGAGCGGGAGCAAGAGUACGUCGGGGAGGUUAUCCAGUACAAGCCCGCCAUCGUUGUCUUUGGCCAGCGCCUCGAUCAACACCUCAAGAUGAACCCGCUCCGGCGCAAAGCCAUUUUAGCACCGCUCAAGUCGUAG